AAUCACACACAAACAAUUGAACCACCUUUUAUUACGCCCUUUUCAACUCUCCAUUUUUCAGCCCACUUCUUAAAUUCAACAUUUUUUCCCAAAUUUCAAUCCCUUCCCAAUAAUAAUAACAUUCUUCCUCUUCCUCCUGUCGAAUUUUGAUCCUUAAUUUUACAAGCUCCUCUUGUUUGGAUUACACGAGAUUUCAUUGGUGAUCGAAUAAUAUUUUCGAAUGACAACAGGCGGCUCCACCCCCGGCAGUCCACGUUUCGGGGGUGUAUCCGCCCAUCGCCGCCGUGCAAACGACGUCACGGCGGCAGAGUUCGACAUAAUGGGACAACAACACCAACACCAACAAGAUUAUAUUCAAAGCGACCACCUUCAGGCUGCAGUUGAUCUUUUUAGCACUUGCACAAUUACUAGCCAAAACCUCCACCAUAACAACAACAUCAACAACAAUAAUAAUAAUAAUUUUCUUAGCCGAAAGAAGUUUCUAGGGCGGAAUUUGAGACGUACAUUGCUCGGGUUUUUGAUUAUUGUGGUGGGGUUUAGUGUGUUUUUGAGGGUUACGUACACGGCUGGUGGCGGGCCGUUGGCGGAGAUGGAGCAGGAGGCGGUGAGCCGGAGCUGGUCGAAUGCGCAUACGUUGGUAUUGAGGGAUUAUACGAGUCAUGUGAUGAAGGCUCAGAGAGUUUUAGCGGAUAUUGAUUCGUCUUCGAGCUCUUCUAUGCCUAAAAGGGUGUUAGAGAAAUCCCUUGAUGAUAAUCCUGUCCCAGAAAUUUGGAUGAAACCAAACAGCAGUCGAUAUUAUCAAUGCAUCACUAGACCUCGAGAUCGAAGCAAGAGUAGCUUUCCAACGAACGGGUAUCUUCUCGUCCAUGCCAAUGGCGGAUUGAAUCAAAUGAGGACAGGGAUAUGUGACAUGGUGGCCGUCGCCAAGAUGAUGAACGCCACUCUUGUUCUCCCGUCUCUUGACCAUCAAUCUUUUUGGACGGAUCCUAGUGAAUUUAAGGACAUUUUCGAUUGGAGGCAUUUCAUCGAUGAGUUGAAAGAUGAAGUUGAAAUUGUCGAGUCUUUACCACAAGAAUACACGAAAGUGAAGCCGUUUGUCAAGGCUCCGGUGUCGUGGUCAAAGUCAAGUUAUUAUAGAGGAGAAAUGAAGGCGUUGUUACGAAAGCAUAAAGUGAUCCAAUUCACGCAUUCUGAUGGAAGGCUCGUCAACAACGGCCUCGCAUCGUCAUAUCAAAAGCUCCGAUGCCGUGCAAACUAUGAGGCUCUUCGUUACUCGGAUGAGAUUGAGAAUCUCAGUAGAAAGCUCAUUGAGAGACUUAGGAGUGAUGGUGAACCCUAUAUCGCGCUACAUUUGAGGUAUGAGAAGGAUAUGCUUGCAUUCACAGGCUGCAGCCAUAAUCUAACAAAAAAAGAAUCUAAAGUUCUUGAAAAAAUGAGAUAUAAUGUGAAGCAUUGGAAAGAAAAAGAGAUUAAUUGCACAGAAAAGAGAAAACAAGGAGGGUGUCCAAUGUCACCUAGAGAAGCUGCUUUGUUUCUUAAAGCCAUGGGGUAUCCUACCAGCACCAAAAUCUACAUCGUCGCAGGUGAAAUCUACGGUAAUAACAGUAUGGACGUUUUUCAAAAGGAGUACCCAAAUGUCUUUUCACACAGUACCCUUGCUACCACCGACGAGUUACUCAUUCUUAAUCGCUACCAGAACCGUCUAGCAGCCAUUGAUUACAAUGUCGCCCUUGAGAGCGAUGUGUUUGCUUACACGUAUGAUGGGAACAUGGCUAAGGCGGUCCAAGGGCACCGGCAGUUUGAAGGGUUUCGUAAGACGAUUAACCCUCACCGGCUACAUUUUGUUAAGCUGAUUGAUCAGCUGGACGCAGGUGAGAUCUCGUGGGAGACGUUUAGUUCCCAAGUCAAGACGAUCCAUAAAGACCGGGUGGGUGCACCAUACAAGAGACAACCCGGCCCGUCUCCAAAGCUAGAAGAGAGCUUUUAUGCAAACCCAUUUCCCGGGUGUAUAUGUGGUGGUUCAAGAAACAAAACUAUCCGGGUUUUACCCAAUCUAAGACCAAGCCAUGGGAGUUCACUACGGUCAUCGGAAUAGAUUCGUUUUAUUUUUUAUUAUCAAUUCUUUAAUAUCUUUUACGGGCACUCUCGCAUUUUGGUUGUACAGGAACACGCGUAUAGUAUUACCUGACAGCGGAAUGUAGAGUGUAGUCCCGUCCCAUAGAAUAAAUAGUCGCAUUUUUUUUGAAGUGUAGGAGUUAGGAACAGAUAGUUUGGUUUCAUUAUUUUCUUGGCAUAUGUUGUUUCACGAUUGAUGUAAACUAUAUAAGGAGUUUGAUAUAUUGAUUCAUUCGUUCGUUUGAUA